ACUACAGCUCCCAGGGGGCCGAGCUGCUGCCGCCCAUUUCUCGCUACGAUGAGGGGUGAAAGGCCGGGGCCGCGCCGGGGGGGUAAAAUGGCGGCCAGGUUGAGCGGCGGGGAGAACCGGCUGGUGUCACUGCCGCUAUCGCGGAUCCGAGUCAUCAUGAAGAGCUCGCCGGAGGUUUCCAGCAUCAACCAGGACGCGCUUUUCCUCACCGCUAAAGCCACGGAGCUUUUCGUUCAGUAUUUGGCGUCGUACUCCUACAAACACGGCAGAGGCAAGGAGAAUAACGCCCUCACCUACAGCGACCUGUCUCACACCGCAGAGGAGUGCGAAACCUUUCAGUUCCUUGCAGAUAUCUUGCCAAAGAAAAUCCUAGCUAGCAAAUACCUAAAAAUGCUCGAAAAAGAGAAGCGAGGUGGAGAGUUGGGGAACUGUGAUGAAGAGGAUGAUGAUGAAGAGGAUGAUGAUGAAGCUGUGGAUGAAGCUGUUGGAUCUUAAGGCUAAAUGGGAAGCUGCUUCAUAAUUGAUCCAUUUUUUUUUGUUGCGUAAAGGAUGUUAUUUUUGUGACUGAGAAUCCAGAUGCUGGAUUUAUUUAUACACUGAGCCAUCUGCUUUUGCUUUAAGAAGUUUAAAAACUGAACUGCGUACUUCCUGAAGAAUGGAAUUCUUCCCUCAGAAACGUGGUGACAAGAGAAGCACUAAUGUAAAGCUGACAGCAGAACUUGCUCAGAUGAAUGAGAAUGACUUCUUCAGACAAUCGUUUUCCAAACGUACAAUUCCUCACAGGCAGCUCUCAGUCCAAAAGCUCUUUCACUCUUUAAAGGGAGCUCUUUCCCAUGUUGUGUUUCUCAGGUGAGGGGAGGGGUUUUACACAGGAUCUGCUCCCCCUGGUCCUCUUCUGCUUGGGGAGCCAGGAAGCGAUCCAACCCUUCCCCUGUAUUCCGGAACAGUGGCAGGGCAUUAGCAGUGGACCAAGCCCGAUUUGAAUGAGUGUUCUGUUUUGAUUUUGAUUUAGCUUUAAAAAAAAGAAUAAUAAUAAUAAUAAAGCUCUUGCUGUAAUGCAGCCUAAACCGGCACAUCCGCACAGAAGCUGAGUAGAGGACGAGAACCAUUCCAACAGCGAAUGUGUUUCAGUGGCCGCAGUGAUAAGAAGUAGAUGUGGUGGAUAACAGCAUCAAUGUGUACAAGAUCCUUCCUCUGUAAUCAGCUCUGUGUGCCCGUGGUGCUCUGAUAAAAUACGCUGAGUGAAGUCUGUUAAACGUGGAUUGUUGAGAGCGAGCAGCCCUUCACCACCGAGUGACAGAGCUGCAUGGCUGGAUCUUGUUUGUUUUUUUACUAUAAAAAGAACUGUCCUGUGUACAACUUUAUAUGCGACUUUUUACAAUAAAUAUUUUUAGGAAAAAGUGA